ACAACCCAAAAAUGUGUAUAUAUAAGUAUCAUAACCCCAUAUUUCAUUUCAUUCAUUCACCAAGAAGUUCAUAGAAGUAUUAAGCUACCUUUGCUAGGGAAAAAACACACAAGAGAAACAAAUUAAGGAGAGAAAAUGUCUUUGGAUCAAAAAACACGCGAGGCGGAUCGUAUCUACGAUGAAUUUGAACCACCUUUUGAUUGGGAUCAUGAUGAUACAAGUGACACAGUGAUUCUUAUGAUUCCAGGAUUUAAAAAGGAGCAAUUGAGGGUUCAAGUAACUUCAACAAGAGUGUUAAGGGUGAGUGGUGAAAGACAAAUGAACGAGAAAAAUUGGCGUCGAUUUCGCAAAGAAUUCUCUUUACCAUCUCAUUCUGAUACAAGUAAAAUUUCUGCCAAAUUUGAAGCUGGAAUCUUAUAUGUUACACUUCCCAAACUCAUCAACCAACAAAACAUUGCUCCAGCACCAACACAACAAGAACCUCAAAAGCCUCAACAACAAACAAUUCCUCAGAAACCAAACACAGAUCAUGCUUCUGGUCAGAAAAAACAACAAGAACCAAAGAAAGAUAUUGAAGAAGUGACUCGAAAGAACGAGAAGGAUAAAGAAGAAGAAUCAUCAAGAGAUGGUGAGAAUAAGAAAAUUGAGAAAAGGUCAGUGACUAUGGAGAUGGUUUCAAGACAGAGACAAGAAUAUGUGAAUGCGUUGUGUCGUUUGGUGGAUGAAGUUAAGAAGCAAAAGAAAUUGGUGAAUGUGUUGCUACUUGUGUUUUUGAUCUUGAUGUUUGGUAUCUAUGUUAAGAAUGUAAUUAACUCGUUUUUUUCAGGAGGACACAAGCACCAAGAGUUGUAAUUGCUUAAUUACAAUUCAGUUGUGUUGUUAUAUACUUUAAAUAAAUAUGCACAAGAAUUAUAGAAUUAUUUACGUGUAACAAGUUCUUAAAUUUAUCAAGAGAAUAAAAGAAUGUUUGAGGUUUAU